GUGAUGAUGUGAUUAUUCUUUCUAAUCUGCCUCAGUAUGUCAAGAAUACCUUUUCGAUAUUACGUUCAAUCUGUCACUUGUGAAGUCUAAUAUUCCAUUCAAAAUUGGAAUAUGUGGCAACCCUGCUAACUAACCUCACAUUUUGAGCCUCAUCUUUCUAUGCUAUGUAAACUGAAAGUUAUUGAUGUUUUAAACUUAUAUUUGUAUCUCGCGAUUGUUUAGCUAAGUUUUCAAAAUGCCUAACAAGUGCUGCGUUCCUAAUUGUGUCGGUAAUUACGGGAAGGGUCCGAAGGUACACGUAUUUUCGUUUCCAUUGAACGAAAACUGUCGUAAAAGAUGGCUCAAUGCAAUCCCUCGUAGUGAUUUAGUGGUUACAAAAUACAUCAGAGUAUGUAAUUUGCACUUUGCUGAGGACAGCAUCAUUUGGGAAUCCACCUUCCAUGACGAAAAGACAGGACAUAUUAAGCAGAAGAAGCCGAGAUGAGAAAUUGAGGGACAAGGAACAAGAACAACUACUUAAAG